AUGAUUUUAUUUAAAUCUAUUCCAUGGUUAUUUUUAAUAUAUCUUUCAUCAACAAAAAUUUUUGCUCAAACUAUAAGUAAUUAUAUAGCUUAUCAAACAGGUUUUCAAUAUGUUACAACAUGCUUGAAGGAUGAGUAUUAUGAUAUUGCCUUAUUACAAUGUUCACCUUGUCCAACAAAUGCUGCACAAAAAGCCAGUGACAAAACACAAUGUGAAUGUUCAAAUAGGACGCAUUAUUAUGGUGUUAAGCAAGGUGGUGGUUCAUUGAUGUGUUUGCCAUGUGAUCCAGGAUAUACACGAUCAGCUGAUGAAUUCGGAUGUACUUUUCAUAAUAUUACUUGUAGUGCGGCAAAUUCAAGCAUAGUUCUUUCGGAAUCGGCUCUUGAUGGUAGUUUAUAUACGCUCAAUUCACCAUCAACUCAGCCGCGAUAUGGUAGUGAGACAUGUACACUAUGUGCCAUUGGUACAUGGUCUGAUCCAGAUAGUCAACGAUGUAGUCCCUGUGCUAAUGUCACUCCGCACACUGGACAACCUCCCGGAACAAUUGAUUGUUGUUCGACAGCUAGUAGUAAUAUGAAAGAUGGUAUGUGUUUAACUUACGUAAUUAAUGCAUUGAAUUUUAGUUUAUCGCCUAAUAAUGGCAAUAGAUUUAAAAGUCCAGCAACAUCUUUAUUUUUUCAACAACAUCUCGAUGCAUCCAUAUAUCUUUGCCGAAUGAAUUUAAAUUCACAAACAGUUAGCUCAUCCAACCGUACUCUUUUAUCGAAUGGAACAGCAUGUCAAGUAUUAGCUAAUAUUGUUGCAAUGCAAUUGUAUUAUCCAGUAACUAAUUAUGCUUAUGAUCUAUAUCAAAGAUAUAUAUGGGAACCGACAUCUCCACAAAUAUGGACAACUUCAUCGAUACGAACAUCAAUACCAUUUCUUGCUUAUCCAUCAACAUAUUAUGAAGAAAUAAAUAAUUCAUCAUAUAAUUGGAUACCAUCAACACUUUAUCAAAAUGAUACAAUAAACAUAAAAUUAGCAAAAUAUUCUGUUACAGGAGCAUAUUUAGGUUUGUUCGAUGCGUUUGAUGCAUAUAUUCAAUUAUGUGGUGGUGCCUAUACACAAGGUGUACCUGCUUUUACAUUUGGAACGCAAUAUAAAAAAUCAUGUGUUAUUCGUGCUGAUGCAUUAUGGAACUCAACAUUAUACGAAACUGCUUUUUUUGAUCCAUAUAUUGUUUUCACUAAAUCUGAUACCAAUUACAUGUUACCAACUCCUAUUGUUGUGAAAAAUUAUAAAACAGAUCGUGAUACUACUCCUAAUCAAGAUAAUGAUGAAUCUAAAUGGGUUUAUCAUCGUCGUUUUUUUCUACUUGAUCGCAUAUCUGGUGUUAAAACUGCUAAUGACUUAAGAAAUAUUCAUUAUGCAAAAUCAAUAAAAGUUCUAAAUACAUUAACAAAUGGAGGUGCAUAUAUGCAACCACCAGUAAUUGUUAUAGAAUACAAUGAGUUAACUUCAUCUGAUAUAGGCAAAGAAACUCUUGUAGAGAUUACAUUUGAAACUGAAUAUCGAAUGAAUCUUGAUUCACAUAUUCGUGAUAUUUGGAUAGCAAUUGGUGUUUUAUGUGGUUUGGGUAUAGUACUUGCAUUUAUUCGAACAAGUGUUUGGUAUUCAAGAUCUGGAAGACAAAUAAUUGACUUAGCAACCAUUGGUCAAGUCUUACUCUAUAUUAUUAAUAUUAUUGGAACAGUUUUUUUCAUUGUUAUGGCUGGUGUAUCACUUUGGUGGUUAAUAUUUUUUAAAAGACAAGGCUCAGCUUUUCUUGUUAUACCAACGAGUGUUCAACAAGGUUCAUUUACAGCACUUGUGGUUAUUGCAUUUUCACUUAAAACAUUAGAUAUUCUUAAUUUAAUUAUGCGUCAAUCAAGUAUUGAUAUAUUUUUUAUGGAUUGGGAAAAAUCAAAAACAAAUGAUACAAAUGAUGUUUCAGUUUGGCGAACAUAUUUUGCAGCAAAUGAAUAUAAUGAACUUCAAACAUUUCGACGCAUUAGUGUCACAUUUCAUAUACUAUCUGUUUUAUUUUUUUUGAAAGUGAUUAAUUUAGAAAAUGUAGCUACAGCACAACCAGGUAUAAAUCUUUUUCCAUCUUCAUCUGAUUAUACUCCAGGCUAUAAUGGUAUUCUACGUGUUGGUAUUGCCUUUUCUAUGUGGCUUGCUACUGCUCUUAUUCAAUAUUUGGUUUAUGUAAUUUUUUAUCAACGUUUUGUUGAAGAUCGAAUAAUUAAUUUUAUUGACUUAUGUUCAAUAUCAAAUAUAAGUGUAUUUAUACUUACAGAUAAUCAAUAUGGAUAUUAUCUUCAUGGUCGAUCACCACAUGAAACAACGGAUGUUAAUGUAAAAGAUAUGAUGUUGAAUUUAAAACGUGAAUCAGAAGAAAAGAUUGGUAGAAGAGGUUUAGAACCGAAUUCUGACGAUCAAAUGUAUAUUGUUAAAGUUGAUCGAACAUUCCGAUCUCAAUACGAACUUUUACUUCGAAGUUAUCAAAGUCGAAUUCUUACACGUUCAAACAAAAAAAUUGAAGAACGUGAAUCCGAAAUUUUAUUGGCAUCAUAUCGAGGUUUAAAUGAAUUUCUAUGUGCCUUUAUUAAUCGUUCAUUACCAACAUAUAAUUAUAUCAUACGUCCUCGUUGGAUGCUAGAAAAACUUCUUAAUUGUGAGUUUCGUAGUACUAGAACAUCUGAAUUAUUAGACAAGACAGAUAGUAUUUUCUAUAUUGAUCCUGAUAGAAACUUCGCUAAAACAAUAUUUGCUGGUUAUGAAAAUUCAUUAUUUAUUUGGAAUAUGGCAACAUUUCUGUUUAUUGAUUAUUUUGCAUUCAAUUAUGUUUUAGCUGCUAUUAUUACUUAUUUACUCAAUUUGAUUGCCGUCCAAAUGCGUCAAUCAUUAGGUCAACAAAAUUUAGCGAAAAAAACAUUAAUUCCAAAGAAUUUUCUCAUUUAA